GUUGCUGAACGAGUAAUUACCCGGACGGCGAGAUCACAGCAGUAGUGCAGACGUGUUCUUUCUGUCUGCAAUCGCAGCUUCUGGAGUACCGCACGUAGACAGGUCUUCUUGUUGUAGUCAACAUUUAUAAACAUGGGAAUCCGCAAGAAAACUAACAAAAAUCCUUCGGUUUUUAGCCACGAAUUUAUCAUCCAGAACCAUGCAGAUAUUGUUUCCUGUGUUGCUAUGGUGUUUCUUCUUGGGCUGAUGUUUGAGGUUACGGCGAAGUUUGCUGUGCUGUUCGUCACUGUCCAGUAUAAUGUGACCAUCACAACCAACGAGGGACCAGAUGAGAACUCAAUCAAUUUUUUCCAUCAUGGUUUGAAAGAUUUGGCCACGGUUUUCUUCUAUAUGCUUGUAGCAAUUAUCAUGCAUGCCAUCAUCCAGGAAUAUGUGCUAGAUAAAAUUAACAGGCGGAUGCAUUUUUCCAAAACAAAGCACAGCAAGUUUAAUGAGUCUGGACAACUCAGUGCCUUCUACUUGUGUUCUUGUGUCUGGGGCGCAAGCAUACUUGUCUCGGAACAUUUUCUAUCAAACCCUGUCCGUUUAUGGGAAGGCUAUCCUCAUACCCUGAUGUCGUUCCAGAUGAAGUUUUUCUACAUUUGUCAGAUGGGAUAUUGGUUACAUGCUUUACCAGAGCUCUAUUUCCAGAAAACCAAAAAAGAAGAUAUUCUACGCCAGCUUGUUUACAUUGGCCUCUACCUUGUCCAGAUUGGAGGAGCUUAUCUUUUAAACCUGAACCGCUUGGGAUUGGUCUUAUUGGUGCUACAUUAUUUUGUAGAGCUCCUUUUCCAUGUUUCUCGUCUCCUCUACUUCAGCAAUGAGAACAAACAGGGAGGUUUCACUAUUUGGGCGAUCCUGUUUGUCCUUGGCCGGCUGCUCACACUGUCUCUGUCUGUCCUUACCAUUGGUUUUGGCCUUGCCGGAUCUGAACAACAAGGCCUGGAUCUCCCUUCUGGAAACUUCAAUGUGCUGAUUGUGAGGACUACUGUGCUGGCGGCAAUCUGUGUCACACAGGCCUUCAUGAUGUGGAAAUUCAUCAACUUCCAGCUGCGCAGGUGGAGAGAGCAUGCUCAGACACAGUCCAUGAAAAAGAAGCCUGUUGCAACAAAAAGCAAGUCGUCCAAAAAGGAAAAUAAAGCAAAUGGCGUGAAUGGAGCAGUUACUUCCAAUGGAGCAGACUCUCCACGAGCAAGAAAAGAGAAAUCAUCCUAACCUGACGCAACAAAAACAGAUCUCCAUCCCUACUAUUUCCCAUUCAGACUUUAUCCAUUCUAUAGAGGAAACCUGGACAACCUGUUUUGAAUUUACAUAUCAAAAUGAGUGUUAAACUGUAAAAGCACAGAAGUAAAAUUAGUUUUGAAAGUGAUCUGUAUUGUAUGUAGAAGUCCAGACUAGUACAAAAAAGCACCCCAUUUAUGCAGGAACUGUAUUAAAACAAACUUUUUGGACCAUGCAAAAGCUGUUACAUUUUUAAUUUAUGCCUAAUCAUAAAUGGUUACUUGGAACAUGGGUAUUGUUGAGGAAGGAGUGAAAACCCAAGUGUCCAGUACACUUGAAAUCAUUGUGGUGAUGUUAAAAUGCCUAGUAAUUUGUGUCAUCUUUUAAGACAGAAAAUGUAAUGUUUCUUUUUCAAUGAUCAAUCCUGCAAGAUGUUUUAUCCUAGCUUUAACAUACAGGACAUUGUUGUCACUAACAACAUAUAUUUUUGGAUAAGAUCUUUUAUAUUUAUACGAUUUUGAAGAUGACUAUCUUUUUAAAGCUUGAUGCCGGGUAAAGAAAAUCUAAACCGUUAAAUGUUAAUCGGGAGGGCUUUGCCAUUCUUUGUUUUCUGUCGCCAAAUUCUGUGCAUUGGCCUAAUUUAACAUUGUAAAAUCUGUAACUUAAAAAUGCUACAUGUUGUAUUUUGUUUAAUAAGGAGGAGCUUGAAUAAUGGUCUUCUGCCUGUGAGUACCAAGUAUUGAGGAAAACACGAGCUACAGCAACAUCUGGAUAUAGCUGUUGUAUUUGCUCUGUUCUAAAAGGAGUAGUGGGGGGGAUGCAGUACAUGUUAAAAUGUAGACCGGGGGGUGGGGGGGGGGCAAAUUAAAAGAAUCGAACCCUUGAGCUGUGCAUGUGCCUUUUUGUCUAGUAUGCUUUUAGUUUGUGCCUUACCUGUUACAAUGUUCAAACCAUAAAACUGUCAGACACAAUUAAAAAUGAGAACCAUGUUUAAAAA